CCAUCAAGUCAAAUUCAAUAAGGAUCAUAUCAAACAUGGAAGGUGUUUAUUUCAACAUUGAUAAUGGUUUUAUCGAAGGUGUUGUCCGUGGUUAUAGAAAUGGUUUGUUGACAAACAACCAGUACAUUAACCUUACGCAAUGUGAGACUUUGGACGAUUUGAAGCUUCAGCUUUCUUCAACUGAUUAUGGUAACUUCCUUGCGAAUGUUCCAUCACCAUUAGCCACUUCACAGAUCCAGGCUAAGGCUUCAGAGAAGCUGUAUGCGGAAUUCCAGUACAUCCGUGACCAGGCAGUUCAACCAUUGGCACAGUUUAUGGAUUACAUCACGUAUGGGUACAUGAUUGAUAAUGUGGCCUUGAUGAUCACUGGAACUGUCCAUGACAGAGACAAGGCCGAAAUCCUGGAGAGAUGUCAUCCAUUGGGUUGGUUUGAAACUUUGCCAACGUUGAGCGUUGCUACUGAUAUCGACUCGCUUUACCAAACUGUGCUUGUUGAUACACCUUUGGCCCCAUACUUCAAAGAUUGCUUGACUGCUGAAGAUUUGGACGACUUGAACAUUGAGAUUAUCAGAAACAAGCUGUACAAGGCUUACUUGGAAGAUUUCUAUCAAUUUUGCGCAGGUCAACCAGACCCAGCUGCCACGGUGAUGAAAACUCUGCUGGAAUUUGAAGCGGACAAGCGUGCAAUCAACAUCUCUCUCAACUCUAUAAGCACUGGUUUGAGCCCUUCUGAGAAGGAGAGUAUCCUUCCAAGCUUUGGUAAGUUGUACCCAACAGGAACUUUACAUUUGGCCAAGGCUGAGGACUUUGAGCAGAUUAGAACUAUUGUUGAGAACGUGUACGAGUACAGAUCUUUCUUUGAUAACGUUGGGGGUAAAACCUUGGAGGAUCAUUUCUACCAACUUGAAAUGGAGUUGUGCAGGGAUGCAUUCACACAACAGUUCUCAAUCUCCACUAUCUGGGCAUGGAUAAAGUCAAGAGAGCAAGAGGUUAGAAACAUCACAUGGAUUGCAGAGUGUAUUGCCCAGGACCAAAAGGAACGUAUACACAACUACAUUGCUGUGUACUGAUUUCCAUCUUACAAUAUAAUCUACAAAACUCGUUGUAGCCGAUGUGGCAUAACGUGUCUUCUCA